AAAUCAUAUCAUUGAAAGAAAAAGAAGAAAAUGAAUUUCUGAAUUUGCAGUAUAAGGAACAGGAUCAAAACUUAUUUUUGAACAAUACUUUAUCAGAAUCAUCUUACAAAAUCAUCCAAUCAGAAUUAAGCUCUAUUGAUCAAGUACAAGGUACCAUUACUUUUGAGAGCAGAGCUCAUGUCUGUAAAAACACUCUUAAGAGCCGUUCCACAAUAAUAAGAAUUCCAUACAAUCAGAAAGUAGAACAGGAUUUAAUAG